GUCCCUAGUUCCUCUUCUGUGAGCUGAAGUCUGUUGAUUCUCUGCUGCUUUCCCAGUUCCUAUCUGUGAGCCCUCCAGUUUGCUUACUCACAGGAGCCCAGGCCAUCUGCUGGGAUGCUGCUGUCCCGACUGCUGCCCUUGCUCUGGGUGCUUAAGUGGGCAUCUGGAAACUGCUUUAUUCUCCCUAGAGAGGUCAUAGGUACGUAUCCGUCACUGACACUGGAGUUACAGUCUGUGACGGUGCAGGAGGGUCUGUGUGUCCUUGUGCCCUGCCACCUCAUUGAGUACCCCAUGAACAGGUGGUCAGAUGCUGCCUUUGGGUACUGGUUCCAUGAAGGGGAAAAUACACACCCUGACUCUCUGGUGGCUACAAACAAGCCAUAUCAACUAGUGCAGAAGGAGAUGCAGAGCCGAUUCCACUUCUCUGGGGACUGCUCCUUGGACAUCAGAGAUGCACAAAAGGGUGACAACGGUUCUUACUUCUUCAGACUGGAAAAAGGAGGCAAAACAUGGAAUUUCUGUGAGGAAAGGAUCUCUGUGCAUGUGACAGACCUCACUCACAGCCCCAACAUCAGCAUCCCACAGACACUGGAGCUUGGUCGUCCUACCAAUGUGAUGUGCUCUGUGCCCUGGGCUUGUGAACGGGGAACACCCCCCAUCUUUUCCUGGAUGUCAGCUGCCCUCAUAUCCCUGGGCCCCACGACCACACUCUCCUCAGUGCUGACCCUCACUCCCAGGCUCCAAGACCAUGGAACCAACCUCACCUGUCAGGUGACCUUCCCUGGAGCUGGUGUGACUGUUCAAAAGACUAUCCAGCUCAAUGUCACCUAUAAUUCACAGAACUCCACAGCCCAUGUCUCUGGAAGAGUUGGUCCAGGGAAACCAAGACCCCUGGCAGAUGUGGUACAGGUAGCCAUGGGAGAAGCGGCUAUCAAAUUCCUGCUUCUUGGGAUCUGCUUCUUCUUCCUCAGGCUCUGUCUCCUCACUCAGCAAGAGAUCCCAUACGAAGAGAGUGGAGAGACCAGCAACACACAUGGAUCAGGCACACGCUGUCAUGGAUUAGUCUCUCAGGCUGUGAAGAUGGCUGGCAUUACACCAGGGAUCCACCACUCUCAAGUCAAGAAAGUCAUGGAUGAUGGUGCCAACUGGACUGUCUCCAGACCUAUUAAAAUGAAAUUUUAGUCUUGCUCUUCUACUCUCUGCUCCUCUACAUCCUCUUAAGUCUUGUGUUUUAUUCUAUGGGUAUGAAUAUAGGGUUGUGGCCCCUCCCCCACAGCCCUCAGGCCUGGAACUAGUUAGUAACUGAGAAAGAUGGAUACAGGGACGGUGUUAACCAGUGUGACUAUAAACCACUAACCCAUAAUCAUCUUGAUCUCUGCUCACUGAUGCCCACUUUAAGUGUUUGGUUGCAUUUAAAAAGCAAAGAUAUGGGAGUUUAUCUUUUGAGAUAGAAAUGCAGUGUUUAUCAUUCUAUUCCUGCACUGAAGCUGGGCCCCUUGGUUACCAGAAACAAGAGAGUUUCCACUGCAAAAAUUGGUGUUAUGAGACUAAGGCUUCCUGAAAUGUCCUUUUAAAAGGUUCUGGCCUUUGGAAAGCCUGGGAAAAUCAGACUCUAUGCUACAGGAAGGAACAGAAUCUAUCAGGGGAUAGAGUUAAUUAUUCCCAGGCAAAAAUCAGUCAGGAUUGCUGGUUAUCCUUAGGCACCCAGCACUCAAACUACAUAGGAUAAGAGCGAACCACACUGUCCUCCCAUAGACUGACAAAACUCACUGUGACUGGGGCAGCCCAAAUUAACAUUAGAGAAUUUACAAGAGACUAAAAUGUGUCUAAUAUCCAAAACCUUCAAGCUACACACUUCCUUAUUCUGAUGCCUGUCCUUCAGCCUUGUGGGCUAACUCAUCUGGAAAUCAGCAAUACUACUGAGACUACUUGAUGAACGUGUACUAAUGGUUUGACUAAAAGUGCCUCUUCUGAUGCUUUCCAAACUAAGUAGACAGAUUGAUCAGGCCUUGUAGGUAUUAAAAGCUUCUGCUUCUGAAUUAAAACAACAGUUAAAUUCCCUUGCAGAGACAUCCUCCAAAGUUGAAGAGGCUUUGACUUAGUUCUCCUGAGAUAAAGGAAACUAUGUAUGGCUUUGAAAGAAACCUGUUAUCUCUAUGCUAAUUAUUCAAGAGUAUUUAGAAAGAAAAAAAAACCUAACUCAAGUUUGGGAAAACAAAAAAACAAAAACAAAAACCUCAGUACUCUGGAGGCAAAGACAGGAAGGUCUCUGUGAGUUUGAAGCCAGCCUAAUCUACAGAGUGAGGUCUAGGACAGCCAGAGCUACACAGAGAAACUCUGUCUCAAAGAAAGAAAGAAAGAAAGAAAGAAAGAAAGAAAGAAAGAAAGAAAGAAAGAAAGAAAGAAAGAGAAAAGAACAAAGAGAAGAAAAAGGAAGAAAGAUAGAAAGAAUGAGUAAAAACAAAGGAAGGAAUGAAAGAAGGAAGGAACACAAAAAGAGACAUGACAAAGACCAAAAAAAAAAAAAUCACACAAUAUCAGUAUUUGUUCUUUUGGUCACCCUGGCUAGCUACUCUGCUAUCUACACUGGCUGAGCCUUUAAGUCACAUUCUGAUUAGGUUAACAUUGGGAUCUUGUAUCUUAAACUAAAACAGGAUAAGUCCACAACUUGACUCAUUCACAAAGACCAGUGGGGAAAGCAACAGGGUCCCAGACCUUAGUAGGCCCCAAGACCUUAGCACUCCUGACUCCAUGACAGAAGUACCACUCAGGCUAUAGAACUCAGCAUUUAAACAGUCACACCAGCCAAAAUGAAAACAAAGACCUCAUUCAUCAAAGUCCAUAGCUCUGGGAAAGGCUCUAAAGGUACUAACCUAGCUUUUUGGCUUCUGUAGUUCUGCUUCUGGCUAACUGUUCUUGUUAACUGAAGCAUGUUAACAGCUCACCCUGAGAAAGGCUCAGUGGUACACGAGCAUCCCAAACAUCCAGUGUCCCACUGUAGUCACCUGCCGACUAAUAAAGAUCUUCUGUUGGCUUA